CUUCCUGUAGCUACACUGCCAAGUCCACCGGAGUCUGCAGACGAUGACCUGAAGGCAGCUCAGAUAACGCUGCAGCAGAGCAAGCUUUCUGUGCAGUCCAAUCCCUCCCCACAGCUGAGGGGAGUGAUGAAAGUGGAAAACUCAGAAAAUGUCCCGAGCCCUACGCAUCCUCCAGUUGUAAUCAAUGCUGCAGAUGAUGAUGAAGAUGAUGAUGACCAGCUUUCUGAGGAGGGAGAGGAAACAAAAACACCUGUCCAGCAACCAGCUGAAGAAAACCACAACGGAUUGCGGAUAAUUUCCACUAGGAAAUCUAAUGCUGAUACAAAACAAGAUGACAGUUUGAAUUUUGGAAUAAAAACACUUGAAGAAAUCAAAUUGAAGAAACAAAAGGAAAAAAUAAAAAAACAAAGUGGGCCUUCAGGAGUUCCUGCUCAUCCGCUCCAAUCUCGGGCUGUUCCUGUGCCAGAGAAGGAGAAUGUGAGGACAGUGGUCAGAACUGUGACACUGUCUGCAAAGCAAGGGGAGGAGCCUGUGAUUCGAUUGAAUAUUGCUGAGAAACCUGGAAAACGGAAAGCCUCUGUAGCUGAUGUGAGCGGCCUUCCGCUGAAGCGCAGCCUUGCAGAAAGGCUGGGGAAGAAGAUCGAGGUUGACAGAGCACCAAGGAGAGAGAAGGGUGCCAAGCCAGCAGGAGAGAUCCACGUGAAAACGCUGGAAGAGAUCCGUCUUGAGAGAGCUAAUCAGCGAGGAGAAAGCCCAGCUGCCCCCCAGGCAGAGGGGUGCUGUAAGGUGGAGGAUCCCAGCUCAGGGGUGAGGCCUUCCCCUGCAGUUCGCAUCAAAACCUUCUCGGAAGCCCUGGCUGAAAGGAAACACAAGCGACUGGAAGAAGAGAAACAAAAAGGAGAAGAGUUGCUUACUGAGAAGAGAGCUGAGGGUGAGCGCAAGAAGCAGAGAAUUCUCCCUCCAUCUGUGCCUGGUAAAGUGAAACUGGAAGAGCCAGCACGUAAAACCAAGCCUUUGGAAGAAGUGCAUAUUAAAACCUUGGAAGAAAUCAAGCAGGAGAAAGCUCUGCGGAUGCAACAGAGUGGGGAAAACGUUUCAGCUGCAGCAGCGCAGCCUGGGCCUGCCCCUGCAGGGAGGAAGUUGUUGCGGAUCACAAAGCUUGCAGCACCUGGAAGAGAAGAGAAGAAGUCUGUGGAAUUGAGCAGGGCUUCUCCCAAAGCUGUUUCUGCACCUGCAGAGCCCUUGGAUCAGAGCACACCAAAUUCUAAAGCUCAAGUGAAGAGCCUUGAGGGGACAAUAAAGGAGAAGCCGCAACUGAGGCAACCAGAUAAGCUGAGGAAGGAAGUGGCUGCUUUGCCAUCUGCUGCUGAAGAAACAGUCAAAGCCAAGUGCAAGGUGAGUGCGAAGGCUUCAGACAGCAAAGCCAGCACCCCCACGAAGCGGGCACUGAAGCGGAAGGCUGCUGAGAUCUCUCCCUCUGCUGUGGCAGCCGUGAAACCUCUGAGUAGCACUGAACCUGAGGAGCCUCCAGCUAAAAAAGCAGCUUUGACUGCUGCUCCAGCCCUGCCAGAGGACGGCCUGCUCACCAAGCCUGGCGUAGAGAAACCCCCCAGCAGCCUUGAACUGCAUCUGGGAAGCCAAGCAGACUCUGUGGAGCAGUUGGAGGACUCGAGUUCAGCUUCAGCUUCUUCACAAUCGGCGGCCAAAGCUCAGCAGCUGAGCUCCACGGGGGCUGGGAAGGCGCCCUUAUCUGUAGAAGAUGACUUUGAAAAGCUAAUCUGGGAAAUCUCAGGAGGGAAACUGGAAGCAGAAAUUGACUUGGACCCAGGGAAGGAUGAGGAUGACCUCCUUCUUGAACUUUCUGAGAUGAUUGACAGUUGAACUGCACAGUCUUAUGGUAUAUAUAUAAAAAAAAAAUUGAAACUUUUUUUGUUGUUGGAUACCCCAGGGUGAUACUUUUUCUGAAGGAGGCUUCACAAUGAGUCUUAAAGCACAGUUGAACUGGUAGAAAUUGGCAGUCUGCAUUCCAUUGUCCUGAGUUUUCCUGCUGGUCAGAGUUGAGGUCCCGUGCACCCAUUCCCUGAUCCUGGUUGGCUCCUCUCAGCAGCAAGAGGAGAAAGCAGUUCUGUGACUCAGCCCAGGAGGACGUCCGUCUGUGUGCUGUGAAUUGAUCUACUGAUUCAGUGAUGCUCUGAAGGCUUAGACCUAAAGCUUCUUCCUUCCUCCUCCUUGGCCACGUUCAGCGUUGGGUGCAGCUGGAAGCUUUGGUGUUCCGAUUUCUUGGGCAGUUGCUGUGUCUAGCCUGGAGUUCUGCCAGCUCUUGUUUUGUUUGUGUAUGCUUUUGUUUUGACUGGAAUCCCUUAAGGCAACUUAAUGACAGCGGAGGGGUGGGAGGGAGCAGAAUUAUUCUGGUAUUUUGGACCAAAUGUGCCACCAAGGAUGGGGGGUCCGCCCCUCCCUUCCAGUUCUCAGCGGUGAUACAGCAUCGGUGUGAGCAGUCGAGCUGCACGCUGCACUGCAUUACUCUCACUCCCUCUUUCUUUUACCGUACUUCCAAGGCGUUCUGGUAGGAACGGGAUGCUGGGGCGAGCACUCUGUAUUCCUCUGGUCCGCGGCAGGCGGGGCUGUUGAGGAUCGGUUGCAGCGCCUCGGGGCUGCCAGGGCGGCUCCCUGUGCUGGGGCUGGAGCUGCUGCAGCACUGGGCGCGGCUGUGACCCUGCAGGGACGUCCGGGAUGGCUGUGCUGUGUGCCCUGCCUCUGCUCAGCGUUUUCCCUAGCAGAUACUUCGGAAUUAUUUUCUUAUCUUGUAGCAGAACUUUAGGCUUUUCCUACUGUGACGUGUGAUGCCGUAGGGGCCCCCAGGCGUUUGCUGCCGGCAGAGGAGUAUCAGUCGUUGAGUUUAUUGUAAAUACUUUAUUUCUGUAAGACAACACGUGUGCUUUGAUGCCCCGCAGCGAUGGCUCAGCUCGCCGUGAGCAGAGUGCAGCCGUGCUGGGCUUGAGGGCAGCGCUGUGGGUGCAGUGCAGCCCUGGGCUGGCUGAAGGAUGCCGUGGUCACGCUGUGAGUCGGCAGAAGAUUUUGUGAUUUUCUGCUGUCAGCCUUCGCCUCCGGGUGGGACUCUGCCCAUUUUGUGUAUGCCAUUAUUGUUACUGUAAAUAUUUUAUCCUUUCGUUUUAUAUUUGCCUUCUAUUUAAGAUAUUGUAUGAACGUAGUCAGGCUCCUCUGUUUGCGCCAGCGGCUCUUGGCUGUGUUUUUAAAUAAAGCUGGCACAGGACAGCAGUGCUGUA